UACUAUACUGGUGAGUAGAAAGGUACUUGGACGCCUCGAGAGUAUAGCGUUUCGGGUUAACUUCUUCGACCAUGAGCUACAAUGGUAGUAUUGAACUUCUCCCUUACGCCUGAGACGGCCGCCAGGGUUCACGAUGUUCUCGUAUGUUUGGGCAAAUUCAGCGACACUGUCGCUUUCGAGGCACGGAAGGAAAGGCUCACACUCACUGCUUUGAAUUCUUCGAAAUCAGCAUAUGCCUCAUUCACAUUGGACGCAACCAGAUGUUUCGAGUCCUAUGAAUUCAACACCUCACAAAGCGGUUCAGAUGGCCGCUUCACUUUUCGCAUGUACUCCAAAGCCUUGCUAUCCGUCUUCAAGGGACGACUGUACGAUCCCUUGGGCAGAGACGGCGCUAUUGAUCGCUGCGAAGUCAGCAUCCAGGACCGUCCCGAUGAGACGCACUGCCGAUUCAUUGUCAAGAUGAUCUGCAAUCAAGGAGUUGUCAAGACUUACAAGUUGACUUAUGAGUCUGUCGAGGUCAUGCAUGCGCUUUUCGAUGCCAACGCUGCCAAAAAUCGUUGGCGUAUCAACUCGGGUGUGCUCAGGGAAUACAUCGAGUAUUUUGGCACAAAGACCGAGAUGCUUGACAUCUUCGCAGGCGAGGACGGCCGUGCUGUCUUCAAAAGCUAUACCGAGAAGAUCACGAACGGGAAAGAAAUUUUGAAACAUCCGCUUGUGACCGCAGUUGCCGUAAAUACCAGUGACUUUGCAGAGUUCGAUGUACAACCAGGACUGCAUAUCAUCAUCAGCGUCAAAGAUUUCAAAGCGAUUGUCACGCAUGCAGACACCCUUAAAUCAGAUCUCAGAGCGAACUACUCAGUGCCAACACGACCUUUGAAAUUCUGGUAUGGCAAUGAGCAUGGUAUAUUGGGCGAGUUCACACUCAUGACCUCUGGUGACUACCAGGGUGGUGCAACUCCUACCCCUAUUCCUCAGCAAAUGCCUAGCCGUGCAGCGUCCCGGGCACAUUCUGCUUCGGUGGACAAUAGAAGCUUCCGCUCAGACCGAUCUGAAAUGCCACCACCGAGUGAGCCUGCAUCCCGACUCUCUGCACGGCGUCGCGCAACUGCAGCGAGGCGACAAGCGUCUCCUAAGCCUGUGGAAUCUAAUCCGGAUAGCCUCUUCGUGAAUGAUGAGGAAGAAGAUGCACAGUGGGAACCUGUCGACUACAACGAAGAAGAGGAAACGCUAGGUUGGGACGCAAGCACUGAAAAUGCAAACACAGUUUUUCCAACCUUCAGAGAUAGCGGUACACUAUCGCGAACUGAGACCGAAGAUGAGAAUGUUGAAGCGGUCGCACCCACUCAGAGGGUGUCUCAGGUUCAGGGUCUGUGGUGACCUUCGAGUCCUCCUUUUCUGACUUGUCUCAUGUUGCAAGCAUUAGAAUAUGUAGAUCUAGCUUCCGAAAUGAAAAUCCUUAGAUAAAGCACAAUAAUCAAGUGUAAGAUGCAUCGCUUGUUGCAAGCGACUACACAGUAUGUAAGAACGCAUGUCAGUGAGAGUAAGAGGUCGCGAAC